CUUAAGUGAUAAUAAAAAACCAAAAAAAACUCAACGAUGCCUUUAACAUUCAAAGGUACAUUUCCUCCCUCUCACAAUCCUCCGUUGCUCUUUGCCCCUACUCUUUCAUAGCAAAAUAUUCAGUUCUAAUGGCUUUGCAUGGCGAAGAGCUUGAGUAUAACUUAAGCCUAAGAGAAUUGACUCGAAAAAGUCAUCUAACUUGCGAAAAUCGAAUUUCUACAAGGUUCUCUGCCUCAUGUAUCCGAAGCUUCAGAGAAGAUCACAAGUCUUGUGCAACAAACUUCACCAUCUCUAGUAGUACUCCGUCUUCUCCUGGCUACUCCCUCAAAGAUGAGAUUGACCCAUCAGAUUAUUCCUUCACUAGUGCACUCAAGGCAUUACAAGCAAAAACAAUGUACAAGAAGAAACGUGAUUGGUUGAAACCAGAAGGGGUUGUUGAGCUAAACUCGAAAUGGAACGAAGCAGAGAAGUACAUCUGCAAUCCUUUGUCUGGUGAAGUUCCUAUAGAGUGUUUGUCUUCUAGAACCCUAAAUUCAAGAUCCUUCAGAAACUUAUCCACCACGCAUUCUCCUCCAUUCACGAUUUUGCCUUCCAAUCAUAAUAAUUUCAACAAUCCAAGACCGAUUAAUACUCCUACCGUCAGAAUCAUUCAUGAGGAUUCUAGAUCUCCAUAUCCUGUUCUUAUCCAAGAAAAGAAAGUUGUGGGGUCGAAACGAGACGUGGGUGUGCAGAGUGCACCGGCAACUAGUGUUAGUUCAGCCACGACGUCGCCGAUCAUGGAGAGAUCAACGAAAAGACAGGUGGAAGAUGAUGAUUCGCCGGUUGAGUAUGCACUAAAGUUGAAAGCUCAACAAGAGGUACACAUAUGUUCAAUUCUGCUAUGAUAAUUCUUGAUUUAACACAACACAUUCUUAGUUCAAAAAAAAAAAAACACAACACAUUUAUUAUUAAUUUAAACAUUUUUAUAAAAUUUGGGUAGAAAAUCAAAUGCGCUAGUAUAACUCGUGAUCUAAUCAACGGUAACAUAGACAACUAGUUCAAGAUUCUUAUUUCCCAAAUCAGUCGUUUUAAAAGUAAUAUUUUGUAUAUGCAAAAAAAAAAGGGAAAGUUACUUUUAUGUUAAACAUGUUUGAAUUAAAUUUGGAAAGGGCAUUAUACUCAUUUAGGCCUUUGGGAACAAUAUUAAACUUCCAACUAUAAUUAUCAAUUUCUGGUACGACUUUGCAUUGGGCCAUUCGAAAUAAUUGAUCUAAUCAACGGUAACAUAGGCAACUAGUACAACUGUACAAGAUUCUUCUCUCUCAAAAGAAGUCGUUUUAAAAGUAAAAUUUUGUCUGAGAAAAAAAAAAGUUACUUUUAUGUUACAUGUUUGAAUUAAAUUUGGAAAGGGGCAUCAUACUCAUUUAGUUAUGCCCUUUGAGAACAAUAUUAACUUAGUAACAAUGAUUAUCGAUUUCUGGUACUACGAUUUUUGCAUUGGGGCAUUCGAAAUAAUUGAAAUCAUGUA